GAGUUUUGUGAUUAAAUUAUAUAAUAAAAUAAAGGUAGAGGAUUACUAAUUUAUUAACUUGAAAGAUUAGAUAUUAAAAGUAAGAGAAAGAAUUAAAAAUUAAUCAUAUUAAAUAAGAAGUAAUAAUUAGAGAAAAUUUAGAAAAAUAAAUAAGAUUAUAUGUGCUAUCAGACUUUUGUUUAAACAAAAGAGCAACAAUUAUAAUCGUUUCAUCAGCAAACCAUCAAAGCAGAAGAUUGCCAAAGAAUGCAAAAUUAUAAACCUGUUCCAAUAAAGUAUAUAUAAAGCUAAGUGAAGCAAGAAUAGCCCUCUAUUCUUUAUAAUUAAGAGCAAUUAACUUCAUCGUUGAUAAAAAGAAAGAAAAAAAUUGAAGAUUUUGAUGAAAGCGAUCGCUGUAUGUUAUCCACUAUUCAUACAGAGUUAUCUUUAUCAUCAAGGAAAGAGAUUAACUCCAAAGAAAUCGAUUUAUCUGCUGCAAACACCAAGAAAUAUUUAAAAAUUGAAGAUGCCUAGCAAUGUAGCUCUAGCUAAAAAUAAACUUCAUAUGCUAAAUAUACUGAUAUUAAAUAGCAAAAUAUCAAUCCAAUAUACUCAUACAAAAAUUAUCUUUCAAUUUUUGAUUGUCCUUAAUCAGAUUAAUUAAUUUAAUAUUAUGAAGCCAGAGUCCGCUCAUUAUCUGAACCAUAAUUGAAUCUUAAUACAACUAGUAAUAGCAUUUCAAUAUAGAACUAAUAGCUUAGCUUUUUCUCAACUAAUGCCCUGAAUACAAAUUAAAUUUGUAACCUAUAGCUCUCUUAACUGUAGAAUGUAAGCUUUUAAGUUGAUAAAUCCUAAGUUCAUUGCAAAAAUAUUUAAAAUUUUAUGAGGAGCUAUCCGAUUAGCUAAAUUCUAACUCAAAAAGAUAAGAAGGCCAAAAAAUUGGCUGGGAAAAUUAUACAGUAAUUUGAAGGAGUAAGUCUUGGAAGGGCAAACACAAACAAUGAUGAGCAAAUACUUGAAUAAUAUGCUCAAUAUUGCCUGCACGAACAAACUAUGCUUAAUUACAUAGAUAUUUCAAAUAUCAUUAGAAACCCUUAACCAAGUAUAUAUUUUAGUAACCUUAUAGAGGCACAGUAUUACUUUUUUAUAAUUGGAGACUAUAAAAAACUUAAGCGUCUGAGAGAUGAUUAUUAAUAAGAUGAAUGUAACUUAAUUUAAAAUAAUGACUCGUUCAUCUAAAUAGUAAAUUAAGUAGUUGAUAACGCAUUUGCUGACUCAUAUUCCUCAUCAAAUUUAUCAACGGAGUCAUUUAAAAAUGAAUAAAAGCCCAGCAAAUGCGAUGUUGAUGAAUUCAUUGCGUUUAAAUCACAAUCUACAACUUCAAAGCUAACCAAGCUACAGAAUUCAACUUUUAAAAACCCAUUUUAAGAUUUCUCUUCACACCAAUAAGAAAAGUACAACCCAAACAGAAAUUAGUUCUAUAAUUUACCUAAAUACUGUAUGGUAUUUAUCUUGGAGCUCCUUUCAUUCAAAAAUCUUAAAAGACUUGGAGUAUCUCCUGAAUAUCAGCUGUUGAUUCAUAAGAUUGUAUAGAAUAUAAAAAAAUCAGGAAAGAUAAAAGAAUAAAAAAAGAAAAUAAUGUACAAUCAUAACCACUACAAUUGCUUAUUUUUGAGACUUAACUAACAAAACACACUUUAAAUAAACAACUAACCAGAGCUUAAAAAUCUCCAUUAGAAAAUAUUUGGAAUAGAAAACCUUUUGUCACCAUUUGAUAAUUUAUAUGUCAAUAUUUAAAAAAAAAUAAUAGAGAGAAUAAUUAUGAUUUAACUCUAACUUAUCUAAGAAUUCUCUCUUACAUAAUAUAUCAUUAAAAAUAAAAGCUUAUAUCAGUUUGAAAAGUCUAAAAUCAAUUAUAUUGAGAGAGUUAUUUAAGGAAUCUCUAAAUUAAGAGAAGGUGAAAUAAUAAAAAGAUUUUGA